AUGUUAGAAUGAGGAGUAAAUUAUACUUAUUUUAUAUUAUAAUUUGUUUUUCGUCAAAUCAUUUCAGGACUGUAUCUCCAAAUGUAAUUCAAAGAAAAAUGCCCUUAGCAACUGCAAGCUCUGUGAUGACUAUGGAUGAUGCGGAUCUAGAAUGGAAGAAGGAAGAUCUUAGAGUUACACCCAAUGAGACAGCCACCAGUUUAGAUCCCUCGCUAAUUCAUGGGUCUAGUGAAAUAGAAAUCAAAUAUGACGGUACCAAUAAAAAUGCAGAUUCAGAAUUGAGGCCUUUUGGAACGUAUAUAAUGAACAAAACUCAGUUAGCAGUGCCAUCUCGCGAAAGCAAAGCAUAUCAUAGAAAUAUUAAAAAAUCUAAUUCCUUUAAAUCGCCAAAAUUUACAUUGACGUCUCUGGAUAAAACAAAACGAGAAACGAAUAGAGGUAAGCUUCGAAACGAGGAAAAUUCUGAUUACGAUGGAAAUGAUAAUAAAACUGAAAUUUAUUAUAAAAAGAAAUAUCCCUCUGAAUAUCGGAUGACUGACGAACCUUUCUCCAAGAUUGAUGAUUCUGCUAAUGUAAAUAGGUGGAAUAAUAAGACUCAAAAAAAGUCAGAUAGCAAAAUACAUAUUUCUUUUACGGAUAAAAACCACCAAAACAUACGAGAAAUUGAGAUUACCGAUAGCCCUUUCACCUCCAAAGGAUCUAUAGGCCUAGCUGGGUUUAAGAUACCAGAAAGUGCUUUAGAGAAAAUUACUUCUGAGUAUGCUGAUGAGAAUACUACGCACCUGGAUGAAAUUAGAUUACAAAAAAACAACAAAGAUCGUAUAAUCAUACGUAACAUUACUGAGGUUUCCGCAGAAGAAAAUCAGAAUUAUGAUUACUCAACAUUUGAUUCUCCUCGUCAAAAAAUGGGGAAAGCAUUUAUAAAUAAUACAGUUAUCCAAGGAUAUUUAUUUCAUGACGACGGAAGGAGACGGUCGAAGACUGAUACCAAAAUGAAUAUCGAGAAAUUAGGUCGAAAGUUACUGGAAAUGUCGAAAAAUAAACAUUCAUUGAAAAAAGAGGAAGAUAAGUCUAAGGAUGAAAUUUUUAUGGAACUUGAAAAAUUUCUAAAGGAAAUAGUUUCUAAAAACUUCACAAAACAUAAGUCAAAACUGAAAGCACCUGAAGAAAAGUUAAACAGUAUUGAAAAUAUCACAUCACCUCUAAGUAAUCAAAAUAUUAAAACGUAUAAAAAGAGAGCUGAGAAUCCAGGUGUAGUCUACAUAAAGAAUACGAAAGUAUAUAGCUCAAACGACUUUAAUAAAGAAGAAAAAUUAUUAGAAAAGACACGGCAUCUUUUAGCUGUUAUUAGGAAAAAAAUCUAUGGUAUAAAUGCAAAUCAAACAGUGUCUACCCAUAAGUGGAAUGAAAUGCAAGGCAUUUCUAUUCCUACUGAAAGCAGCAUAUUUUCUAAAAUGUCAUCACAACAGAAGAACCUUGCAAAAUUAUUAAUUAAAAAAUUGAAACACUUUAAAGCGACAACCCCAAGCUGGACUGGAACCCAAGACAUUCCUGUAAGAAAUAUUGUUGAAAGCAAUUUAUUCUCUAAAAUAUCACCAGAGUUAAAAGAUGUAAUACAAAUAUUAAGAGAAAAAACUAGACAGUUCCAUCGGUUACAAGGAAAUGCAAACAAAAUACUUAAAAACAAGAAUAAAGCUUCAUUAAUAGAAGAGGAAUCAAUAGAUAUCGACACCAAGAAUAACACACUCAACAGCCGGUUAGAUAAAGCUUUGAUACAGCUUGCUCGAAUAAAAACUAUUAAAUCAAACUCAGACAAUAUUAGGCCGGAAAAAUCGGAAUCCAUUGCAAAAUUAGAAGAAAUUUUAGAAAAUACUACCAAUGCGCUUUUUGAAUCCAUAAAAGCUUUGGAAGGAUAUAACGUACAUGGUGGUGAAAUGGAUAUAUCUGGUAAUCGUAACAUAUCAUCGCUCUUCAUAUUUAUUCGGCUGUUUGGUGCGAAUUUAUUGGCUGAAUUACGAAGAAGUUCCUUUCUGAUCGAGAAAUUUAUCACAAACAACAAUGGAACACUUCAUGCAAAUAAUUUUCUGACAGACGUGAAAAGUCAGAAUUUUUUAUCCCGUUUCAUUGUUGGGUUGCUGACUAUAAUAUUUUUAAUCCUAGUAAUUAUCAUAUCUGUUUUGUUCCGUCAGCGUUAUAUAAAGGAAAGAAGGCAGUUUGAAAGUAAUCAAUUUUCGUCAUCAUUCGCAGAAGAUAAAGGUAAUCAGGGACCACCAACAGCAGGGUUAAAUAUUUACAACUGCAGCGGGAACUCUGCUAAUAUGAAAGGAAAAUGUGUACAAAAACAGAGCAACAAUUAUUUCAGAAGUACCAAAGGAUUCGUUCCAAAAGGAAAAAGGAAAGAACACACACCAUCAGAUGAAAAUUAUUCAUUGGAAGAGGUCAUCAUGCAAUGCUGUACUAAUCAAGAUGCAUUUCCUGUACAAGAGAAAAUGAGCAAUUUCAAAGAAAGAAUUUUUACUACUCAAGCAACAGAGAAAGGUAAAAAUGUUCAUAGCGAAAGUCGGGAUAUACAUGACUAUGGCGGAAAAUUUUCUAGAAACAAUAUAGCGGAAGCUUCUAUAGCGGAAGCAAAAAAAAAUUUGAUGACACUGAAAGCGGACAGAAUGCAGAAAAAUAACAGUGAGCAGAUCUCUUUUACAAAGCUCACAGAUGAAAAAGCCAGAAUGAAUGACACUGAGAGCAAAUCAAGUGGAAUGAUGAGAUAUAAACCACACUUUAUAAGAUAAAAUAAAGCAAAGUAAUUGAUUAAAAAA